AUGGAUGACCUCAAGUUGUACGCAUCGAAGAAGUCUGACUUAAUGACUUUGCUUAAAAUUACCGACGAUUUUAGCAGAGCCAUUGGUAUGACGUUUGGAGUGGACAAAUGUGCGGUCAUAAAUGUACAAAAGGGGAAGGUUGUAGCUUCUGAGAAUCUACAGCUUACUCAGGAUGUGUCUCUCGUUUCCCUCUCGGAGAAUGAAAGCUACAAAUAUCUCGGUAUGUCGGAAGCAUUAGGUAUUCAUGACAAAGGUAUGAAACAACUGGUGAAAGAACGGUUCUUUUGCCGCCUGAAAAAAGUUCUAAAAAGUCUUUUAUCGGGUGGGAACAAGUGCCGUGCUUUUAACAGCUGGGUCAUGCCAGUCUUAGCCUACUCUUUUGGCAUACUGAGAUGGUCGCAGACAGAACUGGAUGCCUUGGAUAGAAAAGUUCGUCGAUUGCUUACAGCAUACCGGAUGCAUCAUCCACGUUCGUCUGUAAUGAGGUUAUACAUCCCGCGGAAACAUGGGGGUCGUGGCUAUUUAAAUGCCAAGACCCUGCAUAACCGCGAGGUGCACAAUCUUAGGGAAUAUUUCCUUAAGGUGAACGUGGGAAUGUAUCAGGAUGUUGUAGCAAUGGACAAAGGAGUCACGCCGCUUUCCUUGGCUACCACGAAUUGGCGAAGGUUACCGGUACUAAGUGUCUCGGACCGCAUUAGUGUAUGGAAGAGCAAGGAGUUACACGGUAGGUUCCAUCGCGCCUUAACAGGGCCUGAUGUGGACCAAUUAUCCUCCGUGGCUUGGCUGCGCUUCAGCAACCUCUUUGGGGAAACUGAAGGUUUUGUCUUUGCAAUCAUGGACGAAGUCAUCGUAACGAACAACUACCGAAAACAUAUUCUAAAGGAUGGUACGAUUGACAUUUGUCGGGCAUGUCGUCGUCCCGGUGAGUCUAUUAGACAUAUCGUUUCCGGUUGUUCUCGACUUGCGGACGGUGCAUACUUGCAUAGACACAACCAAGUGGCCAAGAUUAUCCAUCAGCAACUUGCCCUUAAAUAUGCUCUUGUGGAUACUGAGGUACCUUAUUACCAAUACCAACCUUCUCCUGUUCUGGAAAAUAGCUAUAUCACGCUCUACUGGGAUCGAUCUAUUAUUACAGAUAGGACUAUUACUGCCAAUAGACCCGAUAUAGUAAUAAUAGACCGGUCUGAGGGUUGUGUAAUGUUAGUCGAUGUCACUAUUCCACAUGACGAGAAUCUCGUGAAAGCUGAAAAAGAAAAAUUACUAAAAUACUUAGACUUGUCUCACGAGAUUACCGCCAUGUGGCGUAUGAAAUCGACUACCAUUGUUCCGAUAGUCGUAUCGAACUUCAAAGAUUGUUUGAAUUUUCACAGGGGGAAUAUUUGGACAUCUAUUACCCCUGGGGGUUUUACUUGGACUACUCGGACGGACUAA